AUGGCGUCCACUCGCUCGCUCGGCCUUCACGAACCCUCGGCCGUCUCCUACCUGGUUUCGGAGGGAAUUCUACAACCUGAUCCGUCAAAAGAUCAGUAUAAUUGGACAACAUGCGUGGAUGAUAAUGGAUCAACCGGCCCCGUGGACGACGAGCUGGUAUGGACAAAACAUUGCGUGGUAUGGUCUCGUGCAGGGAUGGUGAAGCGAGUGUUUCGCCUAGAUCCUGAGAAGGAAGAUAUUCGACAUGCUUUGUUUACCCAUUUUGCGGCCGGCCAUGUCAAGCGCUCUGUUCAUGAUACUACAGGCUUGAAGCAUCCUCGAAACGUCGGCUCGGGAACGAACGCGCGGGCCGGUCAAGGAAAGCGUCAAGGGAAUGAGCCAAAACCGACCAGCUCAGAAUCGACGUUGGACCUGAAUGGAGAUGCUCAGGUAGCGGUGGUUACUCCGCAUCAGGUCAAUGCGAAGAUGUCUAGAGCUCUAGUGGUGGUCUUGAAAUCACAAGCUCAUAUAUUCUUCGUUGCGGGAACCAGUCAUACAAUCCCACUCCCUUUUGAAGUUGAAUCUGUAUUUGCAACUCCCCGCGGACUUCUGUUUCAGCGAAAGAUGCCCGAGCAGAUUCCUGGGCCCCAGCAUCCAACUGCGCCUCCGAAUUCUUUCUUAACGUCCUCGCUAUUCGAUCCUCGUGCAUCACAGACGUUGGAUAUCCCACCAGCUCCUUCCAAAGGAGCGCGGCCAUCUUUGAAACUUUCCGCGCCUCGAAGCGCUCCAUGGGCUCCAAAAUCUAGCUCCGCUUCAGAUCUUCCGCGGGUCUUCUCACUCAUCGAUCCUCAUUCGGAGAUGGGCUUGGUUGUAACCUCGCAGCCUUCUCAUUUAAUGUCUAGCAGCGUCAACAGCACAAAGCGAAGGCCAUCCGGGCUGGAAGUUCUGGACCCUGUCGACGAGAUCGUGUAUAUUUCCCCCAAGGAUGAACUCUCGAGCUCGAGCCAACUCUCCAAAAAUGGGCCUUUGAUAUUAGUGGUCACUACGAACACAAGCACCGGGUUACAUACGGUGUGGACCGCCCGAUACAGAGAUGACGAGCCGGGCUCUUCGGCAAAAGAAAAGGCUCGACGAUACACCGAGGGCACUCAAUCAAAGAGACGCAGCUCCCACUACGGUAUGACAACUGGCACGACCACACCAGCUGCUCGCCCUUCAGCAGCUCGCGAAAGCUUCGGACCUUGGACAGAAAACAGAGUCUCAUCCCAGCAAACCGAGUCCAAGAAUGACCCCGAAGAAGAUCUGGUCUCGAGGGUUGCGCAGGAUUUCGGGGAUGUUGGUGUUCCCCUCAAAACGUCCAGACGAGUGAGCUCACUCCUUGCGCGGACUGAUCUGGCCACUGGCCAAGAUCGACUCACAUUCUCGGAGCUUGCUACAGGCACUCAGUCUACGACUGCACCUCAUGGCGGGCUGAGACAAUCCAUUGGAACUGGCAGCAUGCGUGGCAGCUUUGGCUUCAACCCACGUGCUUCACUUCCUCCGGCCACAGGAUCUGUGUAUAGCACUACGGGAAGCUUUCUCGAUGCUCCAGUGGAUAGACUGUUGGAGGAGCUUAAUAGCAAUGCCCUUUCCGAAGGAUUCGAGAAUAUUGCUCUUCGGGAAGGGGCGUCCGGACUGCCAGAGGAGCUUCUACUCACCAAGGUAGAGAGCUUCUCUCCCAUGUUCUCCGGUAGUUUCCGGGCCUCCGCGCAACAAGCACCCACUCGCCACCUGAAGGUCUGCACGCUGUGCUCAUCGGACUAUGGAAACACCCAUAAUGGAAACGCAACCUCGGUGGCAGUCUGCAUCGUGGAUCAAGACUCGCAAACCAUGAGCGUGGUAAAUUUGCAAGCCGAAAGAGUAGCAGUAUCGAAGAAGCAGAAAAUGGCGCCUUCUAAGAAUAUCAAGCCCUCAAAGAGACGGUCCUUGCUCGUCAAUGCAACUGGCAUCCAGCAUGUCCCCAACGUCUGGGAUGUCUCCCGAGUAAGUGAUGGAGAGACGUCGCGCAUCCUCACCCUAAGUGUAUCCGACAACGGGGAGCGAGAGCUGUCAUUGCAGACUCUUUGGGGCAAUCCUACCAAAGUCGACAUUCCAGUUCCGUUGCAAAUUUACGAGCCCCAUGGAAUUUCCGCUGGUAGGCUGGUCUGCCGUCCGAGAGAAAGCGGCGUCAACCGGGUCAUGGCGGACCCUGAUCUCGUUUUCUCGUCAUUUGACCACGCAUGCUCGAGAGGGAAGAUUGAUUUGGUAGAUACAGAGAAACAACGACACAGGAUCCAAAUUCGAAUGGAACCCCGAAACAACCUCGUCAAAAAAGUCCUCGGAGUCUGCAAGUUCGUCCUUCGUGAUGCAGAGAAAGCCGGAGAUGGCAUUUUGUUGGCUUGGUGGGAGGUUAUGAAGUGGCUUCAGGAGAAAGAAGAUAUUGAGAAUGAUCUUGAAUGGACUGCCAUGGUCAUCGUCCUGUUCUCUCUGGCGGUGCCAUUUACCAAGCCGCCGCCGCCACAGACCCCUGCCAAGCGCACACGUCGCAAGAAGGGUCUUCUACGAUCGAGUAGUGGUACUUACGUGGACCUAGAAAGCUGGGAAGCUAUGCUUGAUCUAGAAUCAGGACCUUCGGGUGCCACGGCUCCAUGGAUGAUGGGCAGUUCUUGGGGGUGGAUUGUUGAACAAGACGCCAUUGAGAACCUGGCGGCUCGCGAUGCAUCCCGUACACCGAAAGGUGAACAGCCUAAUGCAAGCCGGUCCACCUAUCGCCCGAACUCUUAUCUGACACGGUGUAUCUCUUUGACUCGUGAGUUUUUACAGGAUCCUCUGGGUGUUAGGGCCUCGGGUCGCGAUGGCUAUUUGCCUAUUUCGGGUGCAUUCCCUGAGAAUACAAGGUGCACUGCCCUGGGUACCAUUCUUGUUGGUCUUCACCUCCUGCGAGAAGAGCAAAAGCUCUCAACUUGCGACGCCGAAGAAUCUCAACACCCUCUCGGACUCCUCGCCCCUGUUCUCGCACAGCUUGGUGGCUGGCUAGGAUGGCAGUCUUGGAAAUGGACUGAGGAUUCCUACUUUGGCACAGAAAUGGCCAGUAUGGAACGAUGGCAAUUCGAAGAUACUCGGGUUUCUCAGCUCAAUGUCCCCGGCGAACCGUUCCCUCCGCCUUCAAUUUUCGCCUUCCUUAUGGACGCUGCGCGUCAAUCCUCUCCAUCCUUUAUCACUCUUUUCGAUAUUAUCUCUGCAUCAGAUCGAACCCCCAGAAAAGGACGUACGUGGCAGGAGUGCUUCACCAUUACACCGCGAAGCUUAGCGCUCAACGGCUUCCUUGCCGAAGUUCACAACGUGACGACUCCAUUGGAGAAGAUCAAGCUCCUGCAUCGCUGGGGUUUCACCAAGAGCAUCAUCGACACUUUCCCUGAAGGCGUUAGCGUACCGCUGUAUGAAGUCGUCAUGCAGUGCCAGAUCGAAGCUUCAACAUCGUGGAAUGCAACACUUCUUGAACUGAUUGACCGAGAAGAUCUUUACAUGUCAAUGAACCCAGUUCAUGCUCAAGUGUUCGCACCGCCGCAGCAUUUUGCUGUCUCCCAUGAGUCUGUGCGCGAUUUCCAUCACAUCAGCAGCUCAGCUUUGGAAAUCGAUGCCGUCAACGCAUUUGAGGCAUCCGCAGAGGCUGACCGUUUCUCGGUCACCAGAUUGGUGUUUCGUGAAGACAAGCGCUUCUUGGAAGCUGCCCGUCUUCUGAAUCAGUCUAAAGCACCAGUUGCAGACUGCGUUCCUGAACCUGACUGGACAGACUCCGAUCUCCUUGAAGCGCAGAAAGAAAUCGUACAACUGGUGUCAUUCCGAACGUUGUCUACGCCUGCAGGCCGUGCCAUGCUUGCCUUCAGUGGCCGUUUACCUCUGUUGACAGAAAAGCUGCCUAUCCCAUCUUUUUCGCUACAAUGUGUUAUGAAGCCUUCCAACGUGACUGUCAGUGCCGAAAGAUCCUCUUUCACCGAGGAGAAGGUAUGCUGGGCAUUCUUCCACAAUGGUGUUUCGACUGGCCUAGCAAUCUCCAAGGGAUCCAAGGGCAUUGACACCUCUUGGAUCUUAUUUAACAAGCCCCAGGACCUCACAAACAGACAUGCCGGUUUCUUGUUGGCUCUGGGUCUGAAUGGUCAUCUCAAGUCUCUGGCUAAAUGGGUUGCCUUCAAGUAUUUGACUCCCAAGCAUACCAUGACCUCCAUCGGUCUCUUGCUCGGCCUUUCUGCGUCAUAUAUGGGUACAAUGGAUACGCUCAUCACGCGCCUGCUAUCUGUUCAUGUCACACGAAUGCUACCACUCGGUGCAGCAGAACUCAAUUUAUCCUCGUUGACACAGACUGCCGGUAUCAUGGGCAUUGGCCUCCUCUAUUGUGGUUCUCAGCACCGGCGUAUGAGCGAGGUUAUGCUCUCUGAAAUCGAAAAUGUCGAACAAGAGGAGCUGUCAACCUCGCAAGAGGACUUAAGAGACGAAGGAUAUCGUCUUGCUGCGGGCUUUGCACUUGGUCUUAUCAAUCUGGGCAAGGGCAAAGAUCUACGAGGAAUGCGUGACAUGCACAUAGUUGAGCGUUUGCUAGCCGUCGCCGUGGGCACCAAGAACGUUGACCUGGCACAUGUGCUUGAUCGUGCCUCCGCAGGCGCGACAAUCGCUAUUACUAUCAUUUUCAUGAAGACAAACGACUCUGUCUUAGCUCAUAAGAUCGAUAUUCCUGACACUACUGUUCGCUUUGAUUAUGUGCGACCUGAUCUCUUCCUAUUGCGAACGCUGGCACGACACCUUAUCAUGUGGGAUAGCAUCGAUCCCACUAUGGAAUGGAUCAACGCAAGCCUCCCCAAUGUGUAUCAGCGACGGGCCCGUCUUACAAAAGUGUGCCAUCUCCGUAGUGAGGAUAUGCCAUUCUUCAAUAUCCUUGCCGGCUUAUGCUUUGCCGUGGGUCUUCGAUAUGCCGGCUCUGGCCACACGCAAGCACGGGAUCUGUUGCUUUUCUAUCUGGAUCAGUUCAUUCGCAUUUCUCGACUUCCAGUGAUGAACUACGAUGCCAAACUCGCUCGCAACUCAGUCCGCAACUGCCAGGAUGCCGUAUCUCUAUCCGCAGCGGCUGUCAUGGCCGGUACGGGUGAUUUGGCUCUAUUCCGGCGCCUGCGCUCGCUGCACGGUAGAAUCGAUCCAGAUACUCCCUACGGCAGUCACAUGGCAGCGCAUAUGGCCAUCGGCAUGCUAUUCCUCGGCGGUGGUAGCUACACACUCGGUACAUCUGACCUAGCAGUGACCAUGCUCCUCUGCGCCUUCUACCCCAUCUUCCCAACCAGCGUCCUCGACAAUAAAUGCCACUUGCAAGCCUUCCGCCAUCUCUGGGUUCUCGCAGCCGAACCGCGCUGUCUCAUUCCCCGCGACCUCGACUCCCGCCGUCCAAUCUCAAUCCCUAUCAAAAUCACCUCCCAAGACGGCUCCAUCCGCACAAUAUCCGCUCCCUGUCUCCUCCCAGACCCCAGCGGAAUCACACGUAUUGAAAUCCGCGGCCCAGACCACUGGCCACUCGUCCUAGACUUCACCCAAGACGAUGCCCUCCGCAACAAAUUCCGCCAUGGAGAUCCAUCAGUCUACCUUCGCCGCAAGGCAACUUACAGUUCCUCCGGCACCUCCACAUCCGUAUUCGCAUCAACCCUCACAGGGCUCAGCGAAGCCCAGGAUAUCCUCCUCGCAACAGCGGCAUCCUCAAAUCCAGCAAAGGGCCUCCCACCCUCUGCGUGGCCGAACAAAUCAUCUCAACUCUCAACCACUCUCUCCGCAGCAUCAACUCCCGAUAAAAGCCCAUGGGACUGGAUCUUCACCCUUCCAUCACUGCAAUCACUCGACAUUCGCGAACGCUCCCUCGUCCUCCCAUCCUCCUUCCCAUCCCCAUCACCUCGUAUCAACACCCUCAUCACCGCGCCACCAUGGUUACGCACUUCCGCCGUCGACGCGAGACUCGCUCUCGAGCACACUGUUCGCAACAUCGUGCAGUCUGCGAGAGGCCGUGGCGCGGAUCCGGAUCAACUGCGCGACCGCUUCUGGCAGCUCAAGUUGUUAUUUGAUUGGCUGGAUCGUGUGCAGAGUGGUGAUGAGCCUGAUGCGUUGUCUGGAGGACUGCAGCAGGUGCAGCAAGCGCAAAGCCUCUGGCUAAGGAGGGACUUUGUUGAGGAGGCGAGGUGGCAGGUUUGGGGGAUGCAGAUUGAGGAUCAGGGUGGAGAGUAA